AUGAUUGUAUUUCUUUAUUGUAACUUCAUAUGUUUUGUUUAUGUAAGAUCACAGAUUGAUUAUUUUAUGUGAAAGGGAGAGAGCGAGUAAAAUAUUGUAAAGUUAUACCAGGCGAGAGUGUAACUACACAACAUAGACUGAUAGUAAUGUAUGUGUGGUGUACGGGAAAGAAAAUAUACAAAAAUAGAAGGAAAACGGGGGAAAUAUUUGAAGAUCCGGUCGUGGAAAUUGAAAGGGGAAAAUGAAAAAGAGUUUGUAAAGACUGUAAAAGAAUGUCGAGGGAGACAUAAAUGAUGUGCGGAAUAGAUUUGCUAGUUGUGUUAAGUAUACUGCAAAGGAGAUUGUUGGUUAAAGUAGGAGUAGAAUGCCAGGAAACAAGGAAACCUGGUGGUGAGAUGAGGAUGUUCAAAAAAUCAUAGAAAGUAAAAAAAGCAAUUCAAAGUAUGGCAGACGAGCAAAAGGAGAGAAGAUUGGAUAGAGUAUAAAUGCAUGUGCAAAGAAGCCAAGUGUGCAGUAAGUAAAGCACAGUUUAAGAGGUAUUAGAGGAUAUCUCGUGGAAUGAGAGACUGGUAUAUUUAAUUAGUGAGAAAAAGGUAUGGGAGACUGUGGCAUCAAUGAAAAAGAAUAAAGCAGAUAAAGUGACAAUAGAAAUAUAGAAAAUAUAAGACGGUAUUGGCAUAAGGUGGUUGAAGGAACAUUUAAAUAAAAUCUUAUUAGAAGGGAAAAUUCCAGAUUAAUGAAGGAUUAGUAUUGUGGUGCCGAUAUUUAAAGGUAAUGGUGACAUACAGGAGUGUGGAAAUUAUAGAGACAUAAAGCUUAUGAGUCAUAGUAUGAAAAUUUGGAAAAAGGUAAAAGAUAAGAGAAUAAGAAAUGAGACAUCGGUAUCUAAAAACCAGAAUUAAGUGCGGUGGUUGUAGUGGAGAUAAGGGUCUGGAAUCAUAUGCGAUAAAUGAAUUCCAAUGAGGCUGAAAGGUAAAUUCUACAAUACUGUAGUGAGGCCAGCUAUGAUGUAUGGUUCAGAGUGUUGGGCGGUUGAUAAGAAAGUAGAGCAGAGAAUAAGUGUAUCAGAGAUGAGAAUGCUUAGAUGGAUGAGUGGAGUGGCUAGAGAAGAUAGGAUAAGGAACGAGCAUAUAAGAGGAAGUAUAAGUAUAGCGUCAAUCGUGGAUAAGAUGAGAGAAAAUAGACUUAAUAGAAAAAGAUGGAAGGAUGCUAUUGAUUGCGAUAUGAGGACAGCUGUUGUGAGCGUAGAUGAUGUGGGAGAUCGUGUCAAGUAGAAGUUUAGGAUAAGGGUGGUCGACUCCAAGUAGUUGGGAUUAAGGCAAGGAAGAAGAAGAAGAAUUUUUUUUUUUAAUCGGACCUAUUCCCUUUAUAUAUAUAUACAUUCAAAUAUUACACUUAUCAAUCAUAAAACUUAUAAUCAGAAUAUAAAUAAGGAAAUAGGAGAUCAUGUAGCUUUUGGAAUAAUCUUUCAAUUUUUUUAAAUUAAACACUAUUGUUUUUUAUGAUAGUGAUUUUAAUCACUGUCAGAUAUCACCUAUACUGGACCCAACUGCCACAUCUCCACUGUGCUGUGUUUUUUCUUAUUGAAACUUAUUCAUUUUCAUCGGGAAAACACUUCAAAGUGUCGCGACAUGUCAUUUUAAUUCAAUUUAUUUAUUCGAGUCAACUAUUCUAUCUAGCGUAGGAUAGAUGUACUUGAUAGAAACCUUCAAGGGAGUCCACUCAACAACUUUUUAAAGUUUAAUGGCUAUCGGAUGAAUGCAUAAAGAACAAAAUACUGACAUACAUUCGUUUUUAUCAUCUAGAUAUAAAUAUAUGAUUAAACUAGAUGAUUGCAAAAAUGUUAUGCCUAAAAAGAAUCAGGAUUAUGUUUGAAGCAUAUUCAUUAAAGCAUUUAAAUCGGACCGAACGGUCUCAAAAGCUAGUGUUCGUUACACUACUAAAAUUUAUAACAAUAAAUAUAUAUUUUUUCAUUGUUCAAUAGUAGAAGUCACGUAUUAAGACUUUGAAAUUUUUGUUAUGAAAUAAUCUCAUUUUUACAAAAUAAUGCAUAUAUAACUUGUAAUUCAAUUACAUAUAUUUGAACAAUGAUUUUAAAAUGACUGACAAUGUCAAUUAUUUUAACAAAUUGAACAUCCAUUCAAGUUUAAUAGUGUUUUGACCAACGUCUCCCUAGGCGACUCAUAACAAUAGAUCCUAAGAAGAACACCUUUUUAGCGAAAGUAAUGUACUACAAAAUACGGUAUGUACAAAGCUAAAAACACUAUGAAGUCGAUAAUUCUAAGCAUUCUCUUUUCAACGAUAAUAAAUAACUGCAUACCACAAAAUUUGCAAACUAUAAAUAUACUUUUUAUCAAUGACCGCAAUAACUUAGUUGCUGAAGAUACAUUAGGAGUAGCUUUAAAUUAUAUCAGAAGAAAUCCAAGAGUAGGUUUGAUGAUAGAUGGCUUGUAUUCGGUAAAAAUUGGAGGUGACGACGCUUCGGCUAUAUUGGAAGCACUUUGUGUGAAUUAUAAUGCAUCCAUUCGAAAUAAUAAGCCUCCGCAUUUGGUAAUUGACACAACAAUUAAUGGUGUAGCUUCAGAAGCUGUCAAGUCAUUUACAGCUGCGCUAGCACUACCUACUGUUAGUGCAUCGUAUGGACAAGAUGGAGAUAUUAGACAGUGGCGUAAUUUAGAUGGUGAACAACAGAAGUAUUUAAUUCAAAUAAACCCGCCGUCUGAUAUCAUACCUGAAAUAAUAAGAAGUAUAAUAGUAUCACAAAAUAUAACAAAUGCUGGAAUUAUGUUUGAUGAUACAUUCGUAAUGGAUCAUAAGUAUAAGUCACUUUUACAAAAUAUUCCAACUAGGCAUAUAAUUGCAGCUAUUGAUGAUAUUGCUAGUAUCAAACUUCACUUGACUAGAUUCCGAGAUGUAGACAUAGUGAAUUUUUUCGUAUUAGGAAAAUUAUCUACUAUCAAAACUGUGUUAGAUCAUGCUAAUUCAAACAAAUUAUUCGGACGAAAAUAUGCUUGGCAUGUUAUUACACAGGAUAAAGGUUCUCUCAAGUGUGGUUGUUCGAAUGCUACUAUUUUGUAUGUAAAACCAGAGCCGGAUGUCGGAAGUCGUGAAAGACUGUCCAAUUUAAGAACGACAUACGGUUUAACAGCAAACCCGGAACUAGCAGCAGCUUUUUAUUUUGAUUUUUAUUAUCGAUCACUCUUAUCAAUAAGGUCGUUGAUGAACAGUGGAGAAUGGCCAUCAAAUAUAUCUUAUAUUACUUGUGAUGAGUACAAUGAGGAAAAUCCACUUCCGAAACGUAACAUAGAUUUAAGAAAAUAUCUCAAAGAACUUUCAGAACCUACAUUCUAUGCCCCGUUUAUUAUCGAUUCCAAUGGGCAUAGCUAUGAAGAGUUCACUAUGCGUCUUGAAAAAGUAACUGUACUUAACAGUCAAUCAGUUAGCGCAGAAAAUGUAGGAUCAUGGAAAGCUAGUUUAAAUUCGCCAAUCCUUGUUAAAGAUGCCGCAAAUAUGUCUCAAUUUUCAGCUGUAACUGUUUAUAGAAUAGUCACAGUUUUGCAAAAUCCAUUUAUGAUGCAAGUUGAUGAUGAAGAUGGCCCAGGACAUAAAUUUAAAGGCUAUUGCAUUGAUUUAAUUGAAGAAAUUAAAAAACAAAUCGGUUUUGAGUACGAGAUUUAUAUUGCACCAGAUAACAGUUUUGGACAUAUGGAUGACAAUGGACAGUGGAAUGGAAUGAUUAAAGAACUAAUUGAAAAAAGAGCUGAUAUAGCUUUAGGGUCAAUGUCAGUAAUGGCAGAGAGAGAAAAUGUUGUCGAUUUUACAGUACCCUAUUAUGAUUUAGUUGGAAUAACCAUAUUGAUGAAAAAACCUAAAACACCGACAUCACUAUUUAAGUUUCUUACAGUACUAGAAAACGACGUAUGGAUAUGUAUUCUAGGGGCUUACUUUUUCACUAGCAUACUAAUGUGGAUUUUUGAUCGUUGGAGUCCAUACAGUUAUCAAAAUAAUAGAGAAAAAUACAAAGAUGACGAAGAAAAGCGUGAGUUCAACUUAAAAGAAUGUUUAUGGUUUUGUAUGACAUCUCUUACUCCACAGGGUGGUGGGGAAGCACCUAAAAAUUUAUCUGGCCGAUUAGUCGCAGCCACAUGGUGGCUAUUUGGCUUCAUUAUUAUUGCAUCUUACACUGCUAAUCUUGCAGCUUUUUUGACAGUUUCAAGAUUGGAUACUCCUGUUGAAUCGUUGGAUGAUCUAUCAAAACAGUACAAAAUUCAAUAUGCUCCUUUAAAUGGUUCUUCUGCUAUGACUUAUUUUCAAAGAAUGGCUGAUAUCGAAACACGAUUUUAUGAAAUAUGGAAGGACAUGAGUUUAAAUGAUAGUUUAAGUGAAGUAGAAAGAGCUAAAUUAGCAGUAUGGGAUUAUCCAGUGAGUGAUAAAUAUACAAAAAUGUGGCAAGCUAUAAAAGAAGCGAAACUACCCAAUACUUUGGAAGAAGCUAUUGAAAGAGUUAGAAGUUCAAAAUCCUCUAGUGAAGGUUUUGCUUAUCUCGGCGAUGCUACCGACAUAAGGUACCAAGUAAUGAUUAACUGUGAUUUACAAAUGGUGGGAGACGAAUUCUCAAGAAAACCAUAUGCAAUCGCUGUACAACAGGGAUCGCCAUUAAAAGAUCAGUUUAAUAACGCAAUUUUAUUACUUUUAAAUAAAAGAAAAUUGGAAAAAUUAAAAGAAACAUGGUGGAAUAUGAAUCCGGAGAAAAAACAAUGUGAAAAACAAGAUAAUCAAUCAGACGGAAUUAGUAUUCAUAAUAUAGGUGGAGUGUUCAUUGUUAUAUUUGUUGGAAUUGGAUUAGCUUGUCUCAUGUUAGCUUUUGAAUACUGGUGGUAUAAGUACAAAAAUAAUCCUAAGGUUUCUAAUACAAUGAACACUAAACACAUGGUUAUAAACCGUAAUGAAAUGGCAUAUCCAGUUAUACCAAACUUCAACGAUAUGUCUGGAAUUAGAUCAAGAGGUUUCAUGCAAGAAUUUAGACGAUCAAUCGGUCAGACAACUGCAAACCAAGAUAAAUAAUAUUUUUAGAGAAGUGGUUUUCAUUGUUGAAAUCAGUUAUACUUAGAAAAUUUUACAUAUUUAUGUUAUAAAGAGUAAUCGAUUUUUAAUUGUAAUGUGUGUCAGAGGCAUUAUUAAGAUUAAAAUACUAGUAUUUUUUUUCUGCUUGCAAAUAACCAUAAAAUGUUUGUACACUAAAGACGAUAGAGAAGUCAUCGAUGUUUUUAACAUCGACUGAUAUUUUUUAAUAUUUAAAAGAAUUAAUUGUUUAGCUGUUUUCAAUUAAAAAUUAUAGUUAAAAGAAUUGAAAGGUGCUCGGAUUUUUUUUUAGAUUCUAGAUGUUUAAAAACCACGUAAAAUCAGAAAAUUAAAACUUUAUUUUAUCAUUUAUUGUUCACAAAAUUACGUUAAACAAAGAAUAUUACACAUGACUAAUGCAAAAAUAGAACAAAACCUUUUAUUUGCCUAUAAAGCUAGUAUUUUAUAUUUUUAUUCGCAUACCUAUAAUUGUUUAUUAAAGAAAAAUUUGUAGCAAAUAAAAUACGUGUGACGAAUUUUUUAUUCGCAAGCAGGAUAUCUUAACGGGGGGGUUGGAUGUGUAAACUAAAAAAUAAUUAAAAGAUUAACUCUUAAUUCUGAAUUAAAUAUUAACUAUAAAUAUAAAUGAAUAGGGAUAAGUUUCCAUACUUUAUUUUUAUAAUAUAAUAUUUACAAAUAAUAGCUUUAUAUGAAAUGUCGUUGUUCAAAAAUUAAGUUGAUUAAAUGGUUUGUAAAAAUAUUAGAUGCUCUAUUAAGAUGUUUAUAUGUACAUUUAAUGUAACAUAAUAAUGUUUCAAAAUAUAUUCAUAUAAUAUAAUAUAAAUUCAUCAAGAAAAAUUCUCAAUAAUAGAUUUAUGUAUUUUAAAAUGUAGCACUAAACAGUACAUGUAUAAAAUAUAGAUAUAAUCAUCAAUAAAAGUUAAUAAAUAAAAUAACAUGCUUGUAAAAAACCGAAUAGUAAGCUAAUUGUUACUGAUAAUAGUAUAUUAUUAUGGCUAUACAGGGUGGCCCACCACUCACUGACAACUUAAAUAACUUUUGAU